AUGAAAGAGCUGAAAUAUUGGCUUGUCUGCCUGAGUUUGUGUCUCACUGUAGAAACUGGAAUAGCUCAAUGCACCAUCGAAAUUAAUUAUUUGCAAACCAGUAAUAUUUACUUGAGCUACAAAUAUGGCAUCUACGGUGUUCACCAAAGUGAUAUUGUGCCUGUUGGUCAAAAGGUUUAUUUGCUUUGUUACGGAGCAACUUCCCUCCCCGAAUUCGAGUGCAAAUCGGAUUUUCAAAACCAAAUCCAUGUUUUCGAUCCACCGUUAAACACGGCUAGGUGUUCAACACCAUUCGAAGCUUCUGUUGUACAUUUACCAGAUACCUCUUGUCCAGUUCCGUACGUGAUGCACGCAGUGGGUUAUCAAUUCAAUGGACUCUUUUUGGAACUCUAUCGAAACUGUUUUGAUCGUGACCACUUAGCAUUCCAACAUUCCAUCUACAAGGCUUACCGCUUUAAACAUACCGCUUCACGUCCUAAUCCUUCAUGGAACUCGGAUCAAAUUGGACCAUUUGAUAUCGCCUACCUGGGAAGCACAGUUCGAGCUUGCUUCCUAACUAACCUGGGUGCAGAACAACCGCAAUGUAGCUUUGAUCGUGGCCACAUGACACCAGCUUCUGCCUUCAUCUUCAAAGAACUUAAGAGUGCAACCUUCAGAUAUUUAAAUGCCGUUCCACAGUAUAGUAAAGUCAAUCGUGGCAACUGGAAAAGAAUUGAGACCUGGGUAAACAAUCUAGUUAUGGGAAAUUAUGAUUAUUAUGAAACCUACGAUGAGCUUCAGGUUUGCACAGGGACAAUAGGUGUGCAUGAAUUGAAACAUAACAAUUAUAACAAUAUGAUACCCAUUUACCUUCUGGAUAAUAACAAAAUCCCCGUCCCGAAGUGGAUCUACAAGAUAGUUAGGCAUAUCUCCGGAAAUAGAUGGGUGAUGUUAACCUACAACGACGUAAUUCCCCCUAGAGAGCGGGAAAUAAAUCACAUUUGCACUCAGAUCUGGUGUCAUGAAGAUCUUCAACUGAACAACAAUGGUGUGGGACAUACUGUCUGCUGCGAGCCCUACGAUUUUAUUGAACGAAAUCUUAGGCAUUUGAGGAAUGUUUGCUAA